AUGUCCUCCGAACCGUCGCGUCCGCGGCACUCCGCGGACGAGGAUAGCGAUCACAUGGAGAUGGACGGGGAGGAAUUCCGCGAGGCGCUGUUCACGCACAACCUCACGGAGGACGAUUUGAACCAGGAGAAGCGCGAGACGCUGCAGCUCCUCGCGCUCAUGUUCUGCGACAAGGAGGGGCUGUGGCGCCUGCGCAAGCAACAGCUCCUCGAAAUCAUCGUCUCGUCCAAGUCCUGGAUUGACCGACACGGCGGCGGAGGAGGGGGAGGGGGUGGGGGAGGAUCGGGAAGUGGUGGUGGUGGUAGUGGCGAAUCGCGAUCGUCUUCGUCGUCACCGUUUAGCCGGGUGGCUUCGAGGAAGGCACCGGGCGGGAUUAACAGCGCGGAAGAGGGGGCGGCUGCGGCGGCGGCGCACCGCUUCGCGCGCGUGAACUCGCGGCAGGCGGCCGGCGGGCUCAACAGCGCGGACGGCGGCGGCGGCGGAGGCGGUUCGAACUUUGCCCGCGUGAGCUCGAGAAAAGCCGCCGGGGGGAUUAACUCGCUGGAGGAGGAGCAGCGGCACGCGGCGGCGUUUGCGCGCGUGAACUCGCGGCAGGCCCCCGGCGGGAUGAACAGCGCCGAUGGCGGAGGCGGCGGGCACCCACCGGCCUUCUCCCGCGUGAUUUCGAAAAAGGCGGCCGGCGGAGUAAACAGCGCGGACGAGGACCGGCGCGCGGCGGCGUUUGCGCGCGUGAACUCGCGGCAGGCAGCGGGGGGCGUGAGCAGCGCGGAUAGCGGGGGAGGGGGGUCGCACCACACGUCCCCGUUCGGGAGAGUGAACUCGAGAAAAGCGACGGGGGGAGUGAAUAGCGCGGAGGACGAGCAGCGGCAUAGGGAGGAGCGGGAGAGGCAGAAGGAGGAGCGCGAGCGGCUUAGAGAGGAGCGGCACUCGUCGGCGUUUGGGCGGGUGAACUCUAAAAAGGCAGCCGGGGGAGUCAAUAGCGCGGAUGGGGAAGGGGGGCACGGGCACGGGGAGAGGGCGGAACGGGGGUUCGCGCGGAUAAACUCGAGGCAGGCGGCGGGAGGAGUGAAUAGCGCGGACGGGGAAGGGGGGGGGCACGGGGAGCGGGGAGAGCGGGCGGAAAGGGCCUUUGCGCGCAUAAACUCGCGGCAGGCGGGCGGGGGAGUGAACAGCGCGGAUUCGCCAAGCGAGCAGCGACGGGAGCGCUCGUACAACAGAGUGAACUCGAAGCAAGCCCCGGGCGGAGUAAACAGCGCCUCGCGUUCCGCCCACGGAGCAACAGCCGGGGGAGACGGUGGAGGCGGGGCGGGAGCGGAAGGCGGGCCUGGGGACGUGUAUAACAACCAGAGCAGCUUUCUGGAGCGAGACAAGGAGCUGCUGCGCGCGUUUCUGUCCAACCCGCAGCAGUGGGACUCGCUCCUGGCCCGCACGCCCAUGCACGCACGGUUCCUGGCGACGGUUCGCGAGCUUCGCGAGGCGCAGCGCGACGAGCUGCGACGGCUGCGCGACGUGAUCAUGGGGCAGAAGCAGGCGCUGGACGUGGAGGAUAUUCACGGGCUGGGGCUGGGCGUGCUGCAGGUGCUUGCCUCUGUUCUCUGCGACUCUAUCAAAGUCACCUCCACCAGCAGAGAAGACCUCGUUACAGUGUGCCUCGCUAUGGGCCCAUGGCACCCUACGGCUGGGGACGAUAUGGACGAUCACCAUGCAGGAGGCGGCAUGGGUUCGCCUGGCAUGGGCGGCAUGGGUGGCAUGGGCGGCAUGGGCGGCAUGGGCGGCAUGGGUGGGAUGGUUGCAGCAGGGGGGCCUGUUCGGGACGCGGCAACGCUCAGGCAGGAAGCAGCGCACGCAGCAGCAAUGGCAGCGAAGCAGAUCGAGGAAGAGGAGGAAGAAGCGGCGGCGGCUGCUGCAGCAGCAGCAUCAGCAUCAGCAGCACCAGCUUCGUCCGCACCAGGAGGGGGGAUACCGCGAGGGGGCAAGGAGAGAAUGAGCCGCCGACGAUCAGUUGAGUCUGCAAAGGAUGCGAGAGAGGGCGGGGGAGGGGAGGAUAGCCCUGGGAGUGAAUCGGAGCGGUCUGAAGCGAGCUUUAUGAGUGUGGAAAGCGGGAGACAGUCGAGCAGCGGGGGGAAACGGUCGUCUCGGAAGGGCGCCCUGUCCUCGAAGCAAAAGAAAGAGCUGGAGAAACUGAAGAUGGACGUUCAGGUCAUGGAAGAGAAGAGCCGUAUGCGAGGGGAGGGGGGCGGAGAGGAGUAUGGCGCAGGAGCGGGCGGAGGAGCCCCAGCAGGGGCGGAUAUGGAUACGAUUUGGGCGAGCCUGAAUCUGAAGACGAAUGAUGACCCGAUGCAGAAGCAGCGGCCCUCGACGGGCGUUCCGUCCAGGCGAUCGCGGGGUAUGGAGUUUGUUAAGACUAAUAGUGAUCACUUUGACGUUCGGAGCCCGGGAUCGAGUGCGUCAAUGAGCUUUCGGGAUGAGGAAGGGGACGGGGAGAAGAAAAAGAGCAGCAAAGAGAAGAAGGAGAAGAAGGAGAAGAAGGAGAAGAGCAAAAGGAGGUCUUCGGCUGUGGAUUCGGCUUCUGGGCAGGAUAUGAGUGAAGGGGAGAUGUCUUGCACGAGCAGAAGCUCUAGGGCUAGUGCCAAGCCGCGGCGGUCCCGGCAGCACCAUCAGCCGGCGCAAGUGGUAGAAGAAGGUGGGGAUAGCAUGGGGGGUUCGGACUCCCAUCUCCCCCCCCUCGCGCCGAACCACGUGGGAGGCUCGGUGCUUGGGAGGCUAUCAGUAGGGUCGUCGGAACUGGGAACGACUGAUCUUUCUCUUGUGGAGUCUGGUUCGGGAAGCAUGGUGGAAGGUUCGUUGGAAGGGGAGCAGGACGAGGAGUUGGAAGAGGUGAUGAGGCUUGAGCAGGAGGCGCUGCUGCGAUUCUCCCAGGGGACGAAGCAGCUGGAGAAGCAGAUUAAGGAGGACCGGAAGCAGGCAGAUGCGGCGGUAUCGCGGCUGAAUGCAGCUAAGGAAAAGCUGGCGGCAGCUCAGAGGGCAGUGGAGGAGGAAGAGAGGAGGGUGGCAGAGGCGGACGAGAGAUUCAAAGGGUCGGUCAUGGCUAUGGAAGAUGGGAAAGAGCUUAUGGAAGAAGCGUGUCUGGUGGUGAAGAGCAAGGCUGGGGAGUGCCGUGCUGCAUGGAAGAAGCACUUAGAUGUGACUAACAGGCUGACGUCUGCUCUGCAGAUGGGCACGCCUGGUGCGAGGAAAUCGGCAAACCGGCAGCGGCAGGAGGAUUUCGAGCUGGCUGCUAAGACGCAUGAGGAGUUUGUGAGGCUGUAUGAGGAGUUAGAGGCUCUAUGCAAGCCGAGCCUGCAGCAGGCGAUUACAAGGCUGGCGAGUUGUGCUUUAAGGAUGGACGAUGCGGAUUUGGGGCUGGGGGGCGGAGGAGGGGGAGGGGGAGGGGGCAUGAGAGGGUUUAUGAUGGACGGAGGGGGAGGGGGAGGGGGUGGGGGGAGUGGGGAUGGAAUGGAGGGAGCUGCGUCGAUGGGGGCUUUGUAG